AUGGAAACAAGGAUGGAUGGCGAAGGUUGUGAUGAGACGCUAACGAAGUACGGACUGAGUUCGUCGGUCACGAUGGGUUCAAGCCGCCUGAGUUUUGAAAACAAUGUUUCUUUCGAAUUGAAUCGCAAGAAGCGCCGCAUUUCCGGAUGCGAGGGGACCAACGAUACGAUGCUCGAAGGUAAUGUCAGUGCCGAUUCCUUCUCGUCUGCAGCGACCGGGUACACGUCGACUCUGGUUGCGCAGAGCCCGUGGGAAAUGCGUCGUAUUAAGGCGGAUUUGCUGGAGGCUCGAUCAAGGAUAACGUUUCUUAAAAAAGAAAUUGAACACCUUAACACGGAGAUGGCAACGACCCAGCUGCGUAACCAGCACAAGAUAUCUUCGUUGGAAGAAGAGCUAGCAUUUAACGGGCAGAAGGUGGCCGAUCUAGAGAAGCAUCUGCAGGUGUUACGCAAGCGGGAUCAUGUCUCCAAGCAAGAUCUGACUAAAACACGCAAUCAGUACCAACAGUUGAAGCAAACUGCCGACAGUAAACAGUUCGAGCUGCGUCAAACAUUGCAGAAACUGGAGGAAAAGUAUCAUUCCGACACGCGGGAGCUCAAUAUGGAAAUUCGCGAUCUUUCCACCCAGGUCGCCGAUCUCGAGCAACAGCUGUCGCUGGCACAGGACGAGCUCGACACGACGCGAGAACAAAACGACACGCUGCAGAGCAAAGCGGACGCGUACGAUCAAACAAAGCGCGAGCUGGAAAAUACCCAGCUCCGUUUGGCAGAGUCGGAAUCACGCGUUAAAACGCUCGAAUAUGAGGUCGGCAGCUACGAGGACUGGAGAAGCCUUAAGAAGGUGUCCUCGGAACGGAUAGCGAACGUGAACGAGCUGCAGAAAGACAACAUCCGGAUGACGGAACAGUUGAAAAACUUGCAGGAUUUGAUCAAAAACAAGCUGCUGCUCGAGGAACAGGUGACCAGCUUGCAGACCCGCCUAGAACAGUUCGAACAAAAGCAGGCCGAAACUGCUUCUCUGGAGGUGCGUGUGAAAGACAUCGAGCGGGAGCUUGACGACUGGAGGCAGCUUGGGAAAGAUUACUCGCCCAAGGAGGGAUUUGUGAGCCCGAUGUCGAUGCGCAGCCACAUCGAGCAGAUACUCCAGAAGGAUUUGGUGCUGACGAGCGAACAAUCCUCGGCCCAGGCGGAGAAGAACCACAUUCAGGUCCGCAUCGACGAGCUGCAGUCGGAGAACGCGAAGCUUAACGGACGUUUGGCAGACUACAAACGGGCCCAGGAAGGUUUGCAAAGCAUUGUGCAUCGGGCGCAGAAGAAGCUGAAUCUGGUUACCGGCGAGAGGGACUAUCUGAAGCAGUUGCUCGAAACCUACGAGAAUGAUCUAACCAUUAACCACUCCGUCGUAGCCAGUGAGGGUGACAAGAAGCAAUUGAGGGCCCGAAUUGAAAUGCUGGAAAAGACGUUAACCGGGUACAAGGACCUCUGCCAAAAGCAGGAAGCAGAACUUCAAGCCAACAAAGUGAUGCCCGAUAUCAGUUUUGUGCUGACAUCCGAGCAGUACGAGAAGCUGCGCAAAGAAAUCGAUGAACUUCGGACGGAAAAUGAACGGCUGAAGCGCCGGAAGGAAGAGCUCGAGAUGGAGGUCCACAACAUGACACUCCGGGCGGAGAUUAAGCGUACGACCGGACCACAAUCGAAGGUGCUCCGGUACAUCAACAGUCGGGCGACAGAAGAUUUGGGUGCCGAGCAUGCCUGCAAGCUGAAACUGAUGGCCGAAAUCGAGCGGCUCAAGAUGCACAUACAGCGGCUCCAGGAGACGAACCAAGACUUGACCGAGUGUCUGCACACCACGGACGAAACGGGCAACAUUACGGCGAAGAUAAAGGAAUCGGUCGAUUUGCGGCUGCAGCUGGUUGAACUACAGUCCAAGUACGACCAACGGAAGGAGCUGUACCAGCAGUCGUCGGAAGAUUUCCGCACGGUGGUGAACCUGCUGUUCGGUUUCAAGAUCGACCGGAUCAGCGGUAGCUACUUCCAGCUGCGUAGCCAGUACGCUGAAAGUCCGGACGAGUAUCUAAACUUUGCGCUCGCGUCGGACGGCAGUGUGCUGACGCUGCUCGAAUCGGAUUAUGCCGCAUCGUUACGCGAUCUGGUCGAAACGCAGUUCAAAACACACAACUCGGUGCCGGUGUUUCUCAGCUCGCUGACGCUCGAGCUGUUUAACCGAACCACCAUGAUGGUUCAAUACAGCGGAUCGGAGUAA